AUGGGCACGCUCGUCGGCCACGUCGCACCGGGCGUGGGCUUCAUCGUCGUCGGCCUAUGGCACCUCUACAACCACAUCAGGCUCUUCCUGCUGCGUCCCGGCUCCUACGUCGCGCCCGUCUGGUUCCCCGUGCGCGGCGCGCGCCACCUGGAGCUCAUUCUCGUCAUCGCCGGCGCCGUCGCGUCCAUCCUCAUGGAGCUCAUCGUCGGCCCAGCGAGGCACCAGCCGUUCGACGACGACGGCACGGUGCCCUCGGACCACCUCCACAACUUCGAGCACGCGUCCAUCUCGCUCGCGCUGCUCGUCUACGCCGCGUCCGCCAUCCUCCUCGACCGCGCCGGCCGGGCGGCGCCUUGCCGGGACGCGGUGUCCCAGCUCGCCGCCGCCGCGGCGUUCGCGCAGGAGCUGAUGCUGUUCCACCUCCACUCGGCGGACCACGUGGGCGUGGAGGGCCAGUACCACCUCCUCCUGCAGGGCGUCGUCGCCGUCACGCUCGCCACGACGGUCCUCGGCGUCGCGGCGCCCCGGAGCUUCGCGGUGAGCCUGGUGCGGUCGGCGAGCCUGGUGCUCCAGGGCGUCUGGUUUGUGGCCAUGGGUGUCAUGCUGUGGACGCCCGCGCUCCUGCCCAAGGGAUGCGUCCUGAGCCACGAGGACGGGCACGACGUCGCGCGGUGCCGCGACGAAGGCGGCGCGCUCGCCCGCGCCAAAUCGCUCGUCAACCUGCAGUUCAGCUGGUACCUGUCCGCCACCGUCGUGCUCGUGGUCGCGCUCUACCUCCGGAUGUGCAGCCUCUACAAGGAGGAGCCGCGGUACGUGCCGCUGGUUAGGGGAAACGACCAUGGAGAAGACGAUGAUGAUGGUGACGGCGAAGAAAACGACGUCGAGGCAGCGAAAGGCGGCUCAGGGCGUGUGCUCGGCGAAGCGAGGCCGAUGGAGAUAUCACGGCCAUAA